UAUGGCCGCCAUCAAGAUCAAGCUCGUGGUGGACAGGUCGUGCAACCGCGUGCUGUUCGCCGACAUCGGCUCCGACUUCGUCGACGUCCUCCUCGCCUUCCUGACGCUCCCGAUCUCCGCCGUCCAGCUCGCCGCGGGCGCGUCCUCGCCGGGCUGCCUGACAAACCUCUCCGCCAGCGUCCGGCACCUGGGGGACGCUAAACUGUUGAAGGGCGAGGCCUGCCACGGCACGCUUCUCAGGCCUACACACGCCGAUGAAUUUGGGUACAGUAGCGCACCAUGCCCAGGGUGCACUCCGUUCAAGGAAAAGCAUCCGACUCCACAGGGACAGCACCUCCAGCAGUGUGGUUGCAGGUGCCGGGAGGUCAUGGCUAGGCUGGCGCAUGUGUGCGACCAAACAACACGCACAGAGGUCUUCUCCAAGUGGAAAGAGAGGUUCGUCAUCAGCGACGAUCUGGUGAUCAAGCCGGCGGCGACUAGCACGGUCUUGUCUUUUCUUCAGGGUCUCUACGGAGACAGGAUCAAAGACGCCUACGAGGUGGAGGUGGACGUCGGAUGGACCCAGGUCAGGUGAACUACAUGUCUACAUUUCUUUGGCCUGAAUUCAUACUGAUAUUAUGAUGCUAUAAAUUUCAGGUGGUUUGCUUGCUCAAGGCAUGUGUCUCGUCCACCACCAUAUUCACCGAUGUGUUUCUCGCGAAAAGAACCGAUGCUUUGAUGGGCACAUCAGUGCUCACAAUUCACAGUCCUCGGCGUCAAGAAACCAACCAAACCCCCGAUCCGCAGAUGAGCAUCAAGCUUUUCUUCGACAAGGAGGACAGAAAGGUCAUGUACGCUGAGUGCAAGCAUGACUUCGUGGACCUGCUCCUCAGUUUCCUGACCUACCCCAUGGGGUGCAUCCUCAAGAACCUGGCCGGCACGUCUCACCGGUUCCACGGCUUCAACAAUCUUUACAGUAGUGCCGACGGUCUCAACACGUCUGGCUCCUGACGGGACCCUGCUUCGGUGACAAGAGCACGCUGCUGGAUCCUAAUAUUGCUCCGUUGAAGAUGCACGGCGCCAAUUGGUCGGAUCAAGCAAUUGCGGAGUGGUAUCAUCUCUGCCGGACCGGGAAGCGGCAGUGCUCCCCCGCAAAGGAUAAAAGGUCAUGCCAUUUGUUCGAUCCGGUGUUUGUAGACGAUCACACCUAUGUGGUAGCCGACGAGCUUAGUAUACAUCAAGCUCCGGCCGUGUCGGUGCUGAAGCACUGGUGCAAGAGAAACCGGGAUAAUGUAGUGGAGAUGGACAUCUCUGUCAGCA